AUGAAGGAAUCACAGUUAAAUGAAGUCAGUAGUGCAGCGGCCGGUCCGGCGGUGCAUCAAAACAUCAACAACAUACAACAGCAUUUACAUCAAUUACAUUUACAUCAAAAUCACACAGGAGUUAUUUUAUCGAACGAUCAACCCCAAGAAACCACCACCACCACUAAUACUAACCAAAACGAAGCGGAUACUAAACCUACAAGCAGCGAUAAAAAAUCCGGUAUACGUCGACAAGAAAAACCGCCCUAUUCCUAUAUAGCUUUAAUAGUAAUGGCGAUACAAAAUUCACCGACGAAACGAUUAACCCUUAGUGAAAUUUAUACGUUCCUACAACAAAGAUUUCCUUUUUUCAGAGGUUCGUAUCAAGGUUGGAAAAAUUCCGUGCGACAUAACCUCUCGUUAAACGAAUGUUUUAUCAAAUUACCAAAAGGAUUAGGUCGUCCCGGUAAAGGACAUUAUUGGACAAUCGAUCCAGCUAGUGAAUUUAUGUUCGAAGAAGGUUCCUUCCGACGGCGACCUAGAGGUUUCCGAAGGAAAUGUCAAGCUAUGAAACCCCAAUAUCAUCCAGGUACGUUUUUCACUAAUAACAUGGCCAAUAUGGUGAAUCAAACUGCCACUUACGAUCAUCAAGCUCUUAUCACUCAAGAUUAUAGUACUUGUUCUUAUAAUGGUGCGUCGCAAGUAUCCGCGUCUCAUUAUGGAAGUUACGAAUAUUCAUCGGUGUAUCAACAACAAUGUGAUAGGGAAUGGGGAGGCGCUACCGGGAUUCUACCUUCUUAUUCCGAUAGUACUAUUUCGAGUUCUUACAUGAAAGCUCCUUUGAGUCCUAUGAACGAAGGACAAGAAGCGCCAUCGCCUGUAAUGAACGAAAAUUAUUAUCCUGCUUAUGGAAGUAUAACCUCCACUUCGGAAACCAUGAUGAGGCCUCCCAGUAAUUCAAUACAGGCGCCUCAAUGUGAUAGGAAGCCGUAUUUAAGUCCACCGCCUCCGUCAAUUCCAACGUCGCUUCCUUCACCGCCUGCAGCUAACACCCCACAUACUUACUACGAACCCACGGUAAAAUAUAACAUGUAGGUAUAAUGAACUGAAUGUUUUUUGAAAAAAAGAAAAUUUUCGUUUAUUCUUGUAUUGAAUAGAUCUAUUUUCUAAUUAUAUCUUACAUUUUCUGUGUUAUUUAUCUUGUCAAUAUAUUCGUCAAGUUUUUCUUUUUAUUAAUCGCAGUUGUUUCGUUGUUAUCGUCGUCAAAUUAUAGUAUUUAGAGACUGAAGAUAAAUAGGUAACAAACAGUCUCUGAAGACGAUAACUUGGUUAUAGAAACGCGUAUCAAAACAGUGUAUUCAGUACUUAAG